GAGGCAGAAGAAGAGAAGAAAAAGGAGGUUUCUCGUGCAGUGCGAUUCGAUCUGCUGGUCCAUCCUGUGUCCGCUCAUCUCUGUGAUCCUUUGCGUAAGCAUCGACAAUGAUCAUAGAAACUGAUGAAGCGACGCCUGUGCGGGAUCCUUACGAAAGACAGAUGGUAACAUGGACAAGGUUUCUGGCCGUUGGGUUCGCGAUCGUCGUCUUGUCGAUGCUAUUAGUCCUAAUUGGUGUUCUAAGAAUGCGUCGCCAUGAGAUCCCGGAGGCAACACUUGCACCGCCCAUGGAUGAAAUGCGCGAUAGCGACUCGAGUUCCAUAAGGGAACCACAUGACCCAGGGAAUCAGUCGCCAAGACCAGCAAAGUCUGGGACACGGUCCACACGCAAGCCCGGUAAGAGGCACACGGCAACUCCAGAUCUCACUAUGAACACGGAAGGUCAGGACACACAGGCUGCUCCUGACCAUGAUUACAGAGGUGCGAGGGCAAUGGAAAAACAACACGAUUCGAACGGGAAGAUUUGCGACACCGAAGACUGCAAGUACAUGCGAUGGCUCCUCAAGCUCUCUGUGGACACUUCAAAGGACCCUUGCGCGAACUUCUACCACUUCGUCUGUAGCGGAGCAGUCUCAAAAUUUCCGCGCGAUUUUGAUAACGUUAGUGGGACUAUGAUAGACUGGAUCUCUAACAACUUGACAUCAGCGACCCACAAGCUCCUUCUCGAAACGAAAGAUAAGUUACAAUCCGAGCCAGGAUUCGCUAAAAUCGCCAAAGUUUUUCAGGGAUGUGUGGCUGCGACGGGAAAAGGAAGUGCAGUACAACGAAGCGAAAGUAAUCUGGCAGUCGGCACGUUCUUGAGAAAUAUUGGUAUGGCGUUGACUGAAGAACUAAUGUUUGAUUCACUAGAUAAAAUCGUCGAGCUCAUGUUCAUGGGACUGCCGCUGGUAUUCGAUCUCGCCCCGAUUCCUUAUACACCUAAGAAAGACGUACAUUUUUCAAUGACGGAGGCUGAGGGCAUUGUUGCGUUUAAGGCCUCACCAAGAAGACCGAGAUAUGUAAGACAAUUCGAAACCAGGAAGUUAGUGGAGCAAGUUUUUCACGGUCACCGGAUAAGUAAGACCACCAUAGAUUCUAUUGUGGACGCACAAGACGAAGUGCGUGAAAUUCUGAAUGGUUCCCCUAACACUACGAUGGAUAUGGAAACCGUCGUUUUUAUUCCAAUGUCUCAGCUUGGAAUGUUUCUGGAUGACGAGUCUAUCAACGUAGGGUGGAUCCGGUCCCUCGAAAGACAUUCGCAACAACGUCUACCUUCAAAUCAUAUGCUUCGAGUGUCUAUCGCUGACGUUGUCUUGUUCCAUCGUCUGUUCGGAAAUUUUACUCUAAGUGCACAAGCUCGAAGGAAAUUCGUAGCCUGGACAGCCCUGGUGACAGUCUUGGGCUAUUCGGGACUCCUACAGCAAGAUUCAGUGCACGAACGUACAUGCCUAAUGUUUAUGUUAAGGAACUUCCCUCUAUUUACAUCGUCAAAGGCACUUUUUAAUCUUGUGGAGCAGACGAGAGUGGAUGCUGUUCACACUCUAGUGUACAACAUCUACAAUGAAGCAAAGCGCUCUUUCAAUAAGUCAUCCAUGCUUGACACAGCCACGAAGCGAGGGGCAUUGGACAAAUUAUCUAAACUCUCAUUUUUCAUUGGAUAUCCGCUCGAAUUGCGGUCUGCAAUCGGGACCAACAAUUUAACAAUAAAUGUGUCAGAACUAAGCGGUGUUUACGCUGAAGACCUCCUCCGCGUUAACACAGCGAUUUCGAAAACCAGGUGGAAUUUAAUUCUUGGCAAAGGCGGUUACGACGUAGCUCUUCAGUAUGUACACAUUCGUUCGAAUCCUAUCUAUCGCGCAGGCGUCGAAUACGUUUCCCAGCACAACAGCCUUUUUAUCCCUCCUGCUGUAAUGCUGCCACCUGCUUUCACUUUCGGAGGACCGCCGGAAGUGACUUACGGUGCGUUGGGACGUUACAUCGGUCAAGAAAUAAUGAGCGGCUACGACGAAUUUGGGAGGCGUUUCGACGGGUUCGGUGAGCCGAGGGGAUGGUUUCAAGGGAAAGUGGCGUACGCCGAUUUCUUUAAGUGCUACGACAAGAACAUCGCUGCGUCGUCUAGGUCAUGGAGCCAAUUAGGAAACCAGAGGCAACACAUCGCGGACGCACUGGGUGAGAAGACUAUCCUUGGAGCUUACAGGGCAGCAUCUCGCACGGCCGGCGUUACACUGGGCGAGGUGAAGGGACUGACCAGUGACCAGAUUUUCUAUGCCUCGUGGUGCCUCUCUUUGUGCGGAAGGAACAUUAACCGUACCUCCACCCCGUACGAAGAUCGAUGUAAUAUGGUUCUCAUGAACAGUCACCACUUCAGUCACGUGUUUAAGUGUGCCACAGGGGCGCCCAUGAACCCGAAGACGAAGUGCGAAAUCUGGUAGUUAUUCGUGAGCAUUUGUGAAUAUAUUUUGCAGAAGAGCCUCGCUGGAGCGAAAUAACGAAAUUCGCAUGAAACUAACAGCGCUGUAAAUUAAAAUAAUUCGUCAC